ACUCCUCCAUUUACAUAUAAUACCCUAGGUCUUACCUGCCCUAAUUUACCUUCUUCUCGUAUCACAAUCACACCACCCUUCACAUCUCCACCAGUUUACAGUGAAAGUUCUACUGGGAAAUGGAAGAAGCGCAGAGGUUGCUCAAUCCAGGGGUGCUUCAUCUUCAAAAACUCGGUCUUGAGCUCAAAUGUCCCCUCUGCCUUCAGUUGUUUAACCGACCGGUGUUGCUCCCUUGUACUCACAUUUUCUGCAGUUCAUGCAUGCCGAAAGCAGUUCAGAUUGGGUCGGAGUGUCCAGUUUGUAAGCAUCAAUAUUUUGGUCGAGAGGUAAAGCCUGCACUGUUCAUGGAGAAUAUUGUAGCCAUCUAUAGGAGUCUUGAUGCUACAUUUAAUGCAAAUCUUCUUCAUCCUGUGUGUUCUGAUGAUGGCCAUCCUGCUUCAUUUAAGAUGGAUGCUAACAAUAAUCCAAGAAAGGAGAAAGUUGAUAUAGCACAAGAUGGAAAUUCUAGCAAUAGGCAAUCUAUGAUUUUACAAACUGCUAUGCCUACUUUGUUAAAUGGUUCUGCUGAAGAGUUGGUUGCUAGGAAUUUUGAAAAAUGUAUUACUCCAGAAAGUAAUCAGAAACAAGGAUUUAAGAUGUGCAGUGGUGAUAAACCCAAUCUUUCCAAUACCACGGGUCAGGUGGUGGCUGAAAGGCACAUGGAGAUUGGCGUCUCUGGAGUUGGCUUCAUUCGGUUGGAGCAAUUGAGCCCUCCAUUAUCCAGUGAUAGCAAAAAUAUGGAUGGGAAUUGCAGUGAUCCAAGCAGCACUAAUAUGAAUGCAGGAAGAUAUUCACUAAAGAGACUAGUUGAGAAUGAUGCUUAUGGGACAAAUCUGGUGUCAAACAAUAGAUGCACCUCUGGAGCUAAGUGUACAAUUGAAGUCAAAAGACAAAAGAAAACAACUGACCGAUUGAAUGAUACAAGGUUGGACACAAAUGGUCCUCAGACCAAUGUUUUGGCUUCUGAAAAUGCAGCUACUGGGAAGUCAUCUGUUGAUUUGAAAAAAAGUCCUUGUGCCUUUUGCCAUUCUUCUAAGCAGACAGAGGGAAGUGGACCAUUGGUCUCCUUUUUCAAAGGGAAGAAAGCAGAGGGGAAUGCGGCCGACUCCCCCAAGGCUACACACGUUCAUGAAAAAUGUUAUACAUGGGCUCCUCAGAUUUUCUUUAAGGAUGGAAUCAUCCAGAACUUAGAAAAAGAAGUGGCAAGGGCUAACAAGCUAAAAUGUAGUAGCUGUGGUAAAAAGGGAGCUGGUCUUGGCUGCUAUAUGAAGUCAUGCCCAAGAACUUACCAUGUACCUUGUGCAUAUGAUGAUUUGGACUGCCGAUGGGAUUGUGAUAACUAUUUGUUGCUGUGUCCAAAGCAUGCAUCUCACAAUUUUCCAGAGGAACAGAAGUCAAAGGCUGGGAAGCAUGACACUGUAGAAAGAAUAACUACGCAUCUGAAUCCUUGCAAUUCACUGUUGAAGGGUGGAAAGAAUUUGGUGUUAUGUGGUUCAGCUCUUUCUUCAGAAGAAAAGUGUUCUCUGAUUGAGUUUGCAAGAAGUAGUGGGACAAUAGUGUCCAAAUACUGGAAACCUAAUGUCACCCAUGUCAUUGCUGCUGUAGACUCAAAUGGUGCAUGCACUAGGACAUUGAAAGUUCUCAUGGCCAUUUUGAAUGGGAAAUGGAUUGUUACUGUGGAAUGGGUAAAAGCUUGUGUGGAAGCUGGGUGUCUUGUGAAAGAAGAACCAUAUGAAGUGCAUCUAGAUACCCAUGGCUGUUCUGGUGGCCCCAAAGCUGGCAGGCUAAGAAUCCUAAAUAAUGGUCCAAAACUUUUCAACGACUUCCAUUUUUACUUCAUUGGGGAUUUUGUACAAGCUUUCAAGACCGAUCUCUUAAGCCUGAUUACAACUGCUGGAGGCACGAUCAUCAAGACCAAAGAUCAAUUACUAUCGUCAAGUAAUGACACAGAUGCUACUGUAAAGCGAUCGGCGUUGGUUGUUUACAAUGCUGAUCUUUCAGAUUGCUCUGAAUUUGAAGACGAAGAUAGCAUUAAGUUCCAAAGAUUAGCUGCGGCAGAGGAUGUAGCUCGAGAAUGUAAGUCCCAGAUUGUUGGACAUACUUGGAUAUUGGAAUCAGUUGCUGCAUGUAGUGUAGUUCCUAUCAUCCCAUCAAAGGUCUAACAAUGGUGGUUAAUACCUGUUUUUGGGGAUGCUGGUAUUUUGUCACCUUGGGCAUGCAUAGACCAUUGUUACAAGCCAUAUGGGUUUUGUAUUAUAUGUUUUGUGUUGCUUUUUAACCCUGUGAUUGGUUGAAUGAAAUUAAGCUAGAAAGAAAUAAAAGUAAUGAAAACAUGUUCUGUGUGUUGUGCUAGAAAG